CUGCAGCCCGAGUUCCGCACCUUUGCCGUCGACCCCCAGAUCACCUCGCUGGAUGUCCUACAGCACAUCCUCAUCCGCGCCUUCGACCUCAACGGGAAGAAGAACUUUGGGAUCAGCUACCUGGGCCAGGAGAAGCAGGGUCAGGAGACAUACCUGUCGCUGCUGUCGGACUGGGACCUGGCCACGGCCUUCGCCAGCGCCUCCAAGCCUUACCUGCAGCUCCUCGUGGAUAUCAAGCCUUCGGAAGACAGCCCCCUGCUGGAGGACUGGGACAUCAUCAGCCCCAAAGAUGUCAUCAGCACUGAUCUGCUCCUGGUGGAGAAGAGGUCCCUGGCGGCGGCCGCCCUGCCUUUUACCCAGUCCAUCAUCUCCCAGGUGGGCCGGACGCUGUCGAAGGUCCAGCAGGCUCUGAGCUGGUCCUACGGGGAGGACGUGAAGCCGUUCAAACCGCCGCUGAGCGACUCCGAGUUCCACACCUACCUGAACCACGAGGGGCAGCUGAACCGGCCCGAGGAGCUGCGGCUGCGCAUCUACCACGGCGGCGUGGAGCCCUCGCUGCGGAAAGUGGUGUGGCGCUACCUGCUGAACGUCUACCCAGACGGGCUGACGGGCCAGGAGCGCAUGAACUACAUGAAGCGCAAGACGCGGGAGUACGACCAGCUAAAGGGCCAGUGGGCGGAGCGGGCCAGCCCCGAAGACCUGGACUUCAUCCGCAGCAACGUCCUCAAGGAUGUUCUCCGCACGGACCGCACCCACCCCUACUACGCCGGCUCGGAGGACAAUCCGCACCUGACCGCCCUUCACGACCUGCUGACCACCUACGCCGUCACCCACCCGCAGAUCUCCUACUGCCAGGGCAUGAGCGACAUCGCCUCGCCCAUCCUGGCCGUCAUGGACAACGAGGCCCACGCCUUCAUCUGCUUCUGCGGCAUCAUGAAGCGCCUGGAAGGAAACUUCCAGGUGGACGGCGAGGUGAUGUCCCUCAAGUUCUCCCACCUCAAGCUCCUCCUCCAGUACUCGGAUCCUGAGUUCUACGCCUACCUCCUCUCCCGGGGCGCCGACGACUUCUUCUUCUGCUACCGCUGGCUGCUGCUGGAGCUGAAACGGGAGUUUGCCUUUGAGGAUGCCUUGCGGAUGCUGGAGAUAACCUGGAGCUCCUUGCCACCGGAUCCUCCGGAGAAGGAGGUGGAGCUGGUGGGGCCGCCGGCCAGGCUUAGUGAGAGUGGCCAGCCUGUCCGCCAACGCCACAUGUUGCGUCCCACCUGUAGCUUCGAUGCGACUGGGGACCGUCCUUGCUUGGAGGAGUCCCGGAGCCCGGCCCUCCUUGGAGGAGCCCGGAGCCCGGCCUUGCCUGGAGCAGAAGACCUUAUUGAAGCAAUCCAGCUUUGGGGAAUUCAAGUACUACAGCGCUCGUGAGGACACGAGCAGGACCCCUUGCUCCAGCUCCCGGCCAUGACCAAGUCUUUCUCCGCCCCAUCCCUCCGGCCCCUGACCCCGCCCACGCCCUCCGGAGACUCCCCCUCCUCACCCUCACCCCUCUCUGGCAGCGAGAAGAACGAGAGCCUGCCGGAGGAGAAGGGAGAUUUGGCAGGUGACACGCCAUCCUCCCCACCCAGCAGCCCCCUCCCCGCCGCCCCGUCCCCAGCCACGGUGAGCUUGCCUCCGCCGCAGGAGUUCGGCAAAGGCAACCCCUUCAUGCUCUUCCUGUGCCUGGCCAUCCUGCUGGAGCACCGGGACCACAUCAUGAAGAACAACAUGGACUACAACGAGCUGGCCAUGCACUUCGACCGCCUGGUGCGCCGGCACAAUCUGGCCAAGGUGCUGCACCGGGCCAAAGCCCUCUUCGCCGACUACCUGCAGUCCGAGGUCUGGGACUCCGAGGAGGGGGACGAGGCGGCCGCAGAGUCCCCAGCCGUCUCGUGACCCCCCCACCCCUGGGGAUUGGAUCCCCCCAACUCUCCUGCCACUCCCCCUUCCGGCAACCUCCUUGAGACUCAUCACAGGUCAAUCCUCUCUGUUUCCCCCUGGAUCUAAUGAUCUCCUUGGAAGAUCCUUCAUGGACCAACCGGGAUCUCUCCCCCCUGUGGGAUCCCCUCUAUCCAUCGUCCUGCAGAUCUAAUGAUCUCCCUGGAACAUUCUUCAUGAACCAACUGGGAUCUGCCCUUUCCACUGGCAUCCUCUCUAAUUUCAAUUAUUUCCUUGGACGAUCCGUCAGAGACCAACUAGAAUAUCUCCCUCCCUGUUAGAUCCCCUUCUGACCCCCCCUCCCCCUUGGAUUUAAUGUUCUCCUUGGAAGAUCCUUCAUGGACCUACCAGGAUCUGGCCUUCCCAGUGGGAUCCCCGCCAACCAUCCCCUUCUGACUCCAGUGAUCCUUUUGGAAGAUCCUUCAGAGACCCAACCAGGAUCGGCCACUCGGACUCCGGUGCCUUUUUCUUUUAUGUGCAUUAGCGGAUCCGGUUUUUGGUUUCCUUCCCCGCUGCGGCCGCAGCCUCUGACGGCGUCGCUGCCAAAGCUGGGGAGCACGCCCAACGCCCCUCCCCAGAUCUUCAGACUCUUGACCGCUGGGAUGUACGUGCUCUUUUCUGUUCCGUUUUGGAUCCGCUUUUCACUGACCCAGAACUUGGCUGGUUGCCUUUUAAACCAAGUUGCCCAGUCGUGGUAUAUUUCCUCCUCCAAUGAAGAGAUCAAGUGGAAUUUAUUCCGCGCUUUGGAGGAAGACCAGACAUCCGCUCCCAUGAUGCAAAGGGACGGGAAUCCGGGAUACUAGGGGAUCAAACAACAUAUGAUCUCUGCUGGCUUGCCACUUUCAUUCGUUAGCCGUUUCCCUGGGCAAACGGACCCCAGUGGCUCCCUGGAUUUGCUCGGCUGUAAAACUAACCAGAGAUCUUCGAUCAGCCGAGCCUUUCUGUUCCUGGUUUUAACGAGAGAUCAGCUGUUGACAGGAUGGAGGCAAGACCUGCCCGCCUGUGGAUUGACUUCUGGGGCAGGAUCCGUAUCGGUGGGGAGAGGGGCGGGGCGGAGGGAUCGUAAACAAAACCAUUUCCGUUGAUCGCGCCUCAUCGCGCUGCGUUAGCGUCCCUGCAGCGGGUUGGCUGUGGCGUGCGAUCUGCUGAUGGCCUGUCCAGAAGCGGGUCCUGAUCUCGGCUGGGCCAGCAUCAGUCUGGAGCUUCUCUGGAUGCUGCCGAGAUCGGCCCCUCGCUCGUUUCUAUGACACGGGAUCGGAAGCGGUGCCUGGCCUGCGUCAGCUGCGCCGAUCUGGGAAUUUCUGCAGACGAAGACGUCUUCCGAACAUCCUCUUUCCCCUUCGCGUCCGCCCGGAGGAGAGCAGGGCUUCAUCGCUGGGAUCUAGCCCCUGAUGCCUUUUUGUUUCCGUGGCAUCCUUCUGCGUUGGCCUUAUCUUAGCUCAGAGACCCACCUCCUACAUCAGCAUCUGUGUUGGAUUGUCUGGCUCAAGACCGCUACGGAUAGUUUCCCCCUCCAGAUAUCUGCCCAUCCUAUCGUCCCAGAUCCGGGCUCUUUGUACGAAGUCUGAUAUGAAUCGCUUAUUGCAGCCACGUGGGGUUUAGCGUCUCGAAGGCAGACGAAGCAGAGAGCUGGCUGUGUCGUAGCAGAGAAGGGGAUUUACUCUAGGUCCUAUUGGAAAAACAAACAAGAAGUCCCUGUAGGGAAGCAACCUGGCCACUAGAGGUCACCAUUGGGCUUUGCAGAUCUGAGAUCUCUACCCCAGGAAGGUUCUGGGUUGUGAGAUCCCCCAGGAUCUAGGUAGGGAUGGGGAGAGAAACCGGACGUCCCCACGGUGUCAGUUCGGGGGGAUCUUUCUGGUGAUCUGUGGGAUCGCCAGAGUUGGUACGUAGCCCUGUUACCGGAGGGACCGGCAGGCAGAGCCCGGAUUGGCAGGCGUCUCUGGGGGGGUGUAUCCGGCGUGUGGGAGGUCCCAAUCUUGGGUGUGGACGGAGAUUGGCCUGCCCAGAGCCUGCACUGGUGGGGCCCCGUCCCCCACCCAGGGCUCCUCCACACCUUCCCCCCCACCCCCAACUUGCCAUGGCGGGGGAGAGAAACUGAUUAGGACUUGGUGUUGUAAUUGACCCUCUGUGGCAGCAGUUGAUGCUCAUCUGGGCUGCUGGACUAGGCUGAUGCACCGGGGCUGUGGGCCAUGGGGCGCAGACAGGGGGGACUGGCCCCUCCCACCAGAUUAACUUCCACCUCAGUUACAACCCACAGCUAAGUCAACUGUAGCAGUCCUGCCCUAGUCAGUUUCACACCCCUGGGCUGGCCCAGCUGUAACUGACUAGCCGCAGGAGCAGGCUGGCGACCCUGGGCUCGCCGGCGUCCCAUUAGGUCCAACUGGCCCCGAGCCCGAUCGAGACUCCAGUGGCCCCUGCUAAAGGGCAUUCGGUUCUGGGCCGCUUGUCUCCUUGAGAGCAACGUGGGCUGGCUUGAAUCCCAGGCGCUUUCCAUUUGUCAAAUUUGACCCGCGUCGGUAUCUUCUCGCCUUUGGCUUCCUCCGAAAAGCAACGGCUUUAAAACCCCACAUUCUUCCGUGCUCCGCGGCCCCUUCCCUCGUCCCGGCAGGGAGUCGGGCGCCAGCUGGGCUCUAACCUGGAUCGCGCAUGGGCCAAAUCUUAAAACCGGGUUCCAGAUCUUCCCAGCGGGAGCUAGGGCAGGGGUGGGCAGUUAUAGGGCUGCUAGGCAGCAGUGAGGCUCUGUGGGAACAGGGGUGCCCAGGGCGUCGCCCCUUAGAUCCAGGGGUGUUUGCCUCCCCAUCUGUUGUUGGCUCCAGCAUCUUGCCAAUGCCGGGAAGGCGCCUGAGUCCGGCGUCCAGCAGAAUGGACGCAGCGCACGCUCCCCCUACAGCCCAUUGCGGGGGAGUGCGAUGGGCUGACCCCAGCGGGUGGCGUGCUCCUUGAUAGCCCAUGGGGAGCGGUAGCGAUCACUCUCCCCCGCCCUUCCCGUUCCCCCCCGGGCGGCCCCACAAUAGCUUAGCCCCGAACAAACACACACCAAGCCCUGCCCUGCUACUUUGGGGCUAGAUCAGACCCGUCCCAGCGGGCUGUUUCCUCCAGAGCUCCCAGCGUGAGGAAACAAGGAAGCCGCCGGUGUGUCUCGGACAGCUCCAGUUAUUUGUGCCGCUUCCUUUGAACGGGCAGGGGGUUCUUGGAUUUCACCGCCGCAGGAGGGUCAAACUCGAAUCUCAUGGACACUCACGUCCUUAAAACACCUCCAUCCUUAUUGCCAAGGUUCGGAUCUUCUGAUCGUGGCCAAGAAACGGGGAGUCUCUUUUCCAAAGCUGGCCAGAAACCAGGCCCUCGAACAAACCCUCGGCAUCUGUUCCCGGCAAAAGCGAGCAGGACUUGGCAGGAUCGCUCGUCGCCUUCCAUUUUGUCUUUCCCCACUCUCUCCUUGCUCUGGAUUUAAACGCCCCGGUAGGGGAUCCAAGGUUACUAUCUGACUUGCCCAUGGACCUGCUAGUGAUCCCACCCAAUCUGAAAGGUGCAGGGAGGAAAAAUGUUUUCCUCUGUGAGUUAGAAAGUGCUCAAAGACCAUAUCCCCAAGUGGGGAAGUCAACAGUGCGACGCUGAUUUCCACCAGCUGGGGAUCCGGAGCAGGGGCGACUCGAGCUUUUUUGCCGCCCCAAGCAUGGCAGGCAGGCUGCCUUCGGCGGCGCGCCUGCGGGAGUUCCCCAGUCCCGCAGAUUUGGCG